GACGAAGAUGUCAGCUCGGUCAUGUGAUCAGCGGUGUCCAAUCACAGCUGAUCAAAUGUAAAUAGGGAAAUGCCGUUUAUCGGCAUUUCUCUCCUCACAACAUUCCUCUGAGGGGACAUCUACACUGAUCAUCAGGGCACUGAUGAUCAGUGUGCUCUGAUGAUCAGUGUAGCCCCAGCAGUGCCACCUGUCAGUGCCCAUCAAUGCAAGCUGUCAUUGCCCAUCAAUGCCACCUGCCAGUGCCCAUCAGUGCCUCAUCAAUGCCACAUAUCAAUGCCUACCAGUGCAUAUCAAUGCCACAUAUCAGUGCCCAUCUGAGCUGCCUUUCAGUGUCAUCUAUCAGU